ACAAGAAAUUAAAGACGAGGCCUCCCACUAACUUAACGACUAAAACUACCUUUGUCUUUCACUAUAUAAUCAUCAUUCUUCAUUUUAUAAAUCACACUCACCCUUUCAUCCUUAACGUUUUGCAAAUAUGGAAUGCAAAUCACAAAAGCAGCCUCAAGGGAUCUCAUUCUCACCCAUCAAACACAGCCGGCUCAAAGAGAGAACCACAGCUACCAAAUCCAAUUGCAGAAGCAAAUUUGUUGGAGUCAGACAAAGGCCUUCUGGAAAAUGGGUAGCAGAGAUCAAAGACACUACUCAGAAGAUUAGAAUGUGGCUUGGAACCUUUGACACUGCAGAGGAGGCUGCUCGAGCUUACGACGAAGCUGCAUGCUUGCUUCGUGGUUCCAACACUCGAACUAACUUCACCACUCAUAUUCCUCCCAACUCUCCCAUCUCAAUCAAAAUUAGAAAUCUACUCAAUCAGAAAAAGAGUUUGAAACAAAACUCUCCUGCAAAUUCCACCUCAAAAACCACCAUCAAACCAAGUACUAUAGUUAGUAACAACAAGAGCAGUAUCAGAAGCAGCAGCAAUGAUAAUUUUCUAUCAAACAGUAGCAAUGAUAUUUUUCAAUCUGGUAAUGGCAUUGGAAUGAAACAAGAAAAUUACCAGACGUUUAAUGAUGUAUACAGACCAGACGUGAGCGGCUGCGUUGAGGGCCUUGAACUGGGUGGUUCUUCUCAAUUCUAUUGUUCUUCAUGGCCAUUUCCAACUGGGUUUGAUCAGCUUCCAUUAAUGGAAGAAGGAUUUGAAUUGCAGAAGAAUGUUGGUCUGUUGCCUGAUGCAGCUCGUGAAUUAGAGACAGCUGAAUUUGAAAGAAUGAAGGUAGAAAGGCAGAUAUCAGCAUCAUUGUAUGCGAUGAGUGGAGUAGAUGAGUAUCUGGAGAAUGUUAAUUAUGAUCCCAGUGAAGCUCUCUGGGAUUUUUCGACGCUAAGCCACCUCUUCUGCCUUAGUUGAUCCUCUCUGAAAUUUGAUGAAUGGAGGUAGAGAAAUAUAGAAAGCUAUUUAUAAUUAUAUAUUACUUGAUGAAUGCUUUUAGUGAUGCUACGAGGAAAAUGACAAUUAUUAGUCUAAGAAUAGCUUGGUUUAAUGGUUUUGACUAAUGCUUUAGAGAUUAAUGUGAAAAUUUUAAAUCUGGAAAUUUUAUUUUCUCAGAUGAUUUUCACACAUUGAUUUCUUAUCUAAAGAAUUUCCCCCCAGUUUCCCCUUGAUCUCGCUUAGAUUAAAAUUUUACUCUCCAGGCUCGCUUUCUGAAGAAGCAGCUAAUUAAAAUUAACAUCUUAAUACGUUGGUUAAAUGAGAACUAAUUGAUCUAAUACACAGUUCAGAAAAAGUUCCAAAUUAUUAUUUUUUAAAGCAAUGUAAUGAAAAAGAGUGCUUUUUGAGAAAGUGCAGUUCUAAGGCAGCAUAUCAAAGGAGAAUAACAGUUUUCAGAUCCAUUCAUUGAGAUAUUAUAUAACUAGAGAUUCUUCUGGACAUUUGUAAAAGCCAGCAAUAAUCAAUAAAUAAAGCAAUUACGUCUUAAGAAUCCCAUGUCACAGCUGCAAAUCUCAAACAAACAUCUGCAUUACAGAUUGAUUGUGGCCACUGAUUAUGCUGCUAUCUUAAACCAUGGGUAACGAAUAACCACAUCUCAUCGGUGCACAUUCGUCUUGAUCUUCUAACAGCUAUACAAGUUACAAGA